AUGAGGAGCAGCAACAACACGCUAAACUUGCACAUCCUACCGAAAUUCACGGCCAUCACCUUCUACGCCAGCGAUAAUGAAUGUGAAAAGUCUUGUACGUACGAACCAAACGAUUUAUCUUACACCACCAUCAGACUCAGUCCGAACAACACCGGCUCCUACGAAUGCAAGUGUGGCAACGUCAAGUUAUAUAAUAUCUUUGGCUACAUAGAUGACCUAGUGUUUGGCUACUCGGCUGAGGGGCAAAUGGUCCGGUGUUCAUUUGAUCUCUUCCUCGAGGCCAACUGGAUAGAAGCUGAGAUCAGGAUAACUGAAGAGGCUUACGUAGAGGUAGAAAAAGAUGAACACAGUCUAUACACCCCCUUUUUCCUCACUCAGACUCUCCUAGAAUGGUCGCAAGAGAAGGUAGCCAACGCUGUAUGCACGUGGAAGUUCACAGUCUCAAGGGACGCCAUCCAAGUCGUCUACUCCGACAACACCAAAGUUACCAUUGACGAUCUCGAAAAGUUGCCAGAGAAAACCACCAUUCCUGUUGACCAGCCCAGCUCGAAGAAAUACUCCAACACCCACCUUGGGCUGACCUUUGUCGCGCUGUUCUCACUCAUCGUUUUGGUAAUUGUAGCCGCCAGGAGUUUCAAAAGUUUUAGAGAGAAAAAAAUUGUGGCCAUGAGGAAUAAAGAAGUAGAAGUCGACAAGGUAUCAAAAAGAGAUGGAAAAGGUGAUUUUACAUUUGAUGAGAACUCUUUAAUUUUCAAAGCCAGGGCCACAAAUGAUUGA